UUCGCACAACUCAGCAGAUCCCUGAGGAGUAAACAUUCCCACACAGUGCUGAGGAAGAUUUCAUAUUAAACAUGCCAGGAAACAGAGACCCGUACCAAUUCCCCAGAUACGAGAAUGACCUUAACUUCACAGGGAUUAAAGAGAGUCAGAAACCACCUUUUAAAAAGCCCACCCACCUUGCACAGAAUGAUGAACCCUGGAGUCGUCUAAACGAUACAGCAACCUUCUCCAGCAUGAGGCGAAGUGUCCUCCAUCAUGACGAGUUUGCACCAAAAGACAGCCUGGACCUUCAUCUGAGGUCUGUCUAUGAUAACCAUGCAGACCUUCUCCUAAACAAGAACCAGACUGUGCUCCAGAGAGAGACGCUGAUGGACCGUAGGGGAAAACACAAUGAAUCAGAUGAACCAGAGAAGGAGCCUUUGAGAGUUUGGGUAAAUCCUCAGAAGGCUUCAAUAUUCAGCAUUGAGGGCUCGAUAGAGUCUCCCCACAAAGCGGCUACAAACCGAGGCUACUCCAGAAAACACGACGGUGGCUUUUACUCAGCAUGAGAAACUAAAGCUACAGAAGUAACAGAGCAGAUUAUCACAAUAGUAUAUAGCUGCAGCCCCGGAGACUGCAGUUUUAGGACCCCGCAGUUUCAGGACCGCAGUUCUAGGACCCUAUGUUUUCGCGACACUGCCACCUAGCGAAAUGAACGACUUACUACACGUUAAAUAGUAUCACUUUAGCUAACUACUUACAAAUUUAAAGGCUUAUUUCACCCAAAUAUUACCAAUUCAGCUGACUACUUACACUUUUUAAUGUUUAUUUCAUCAAAAUAUUAGAUAGAUACAUGCAGCUUUUAUAUUGAAGAUGGUGCAAACAUAACCUAAUUAGUUAUAUGCAUCUUGAAAAGCAGACAGGAUAAUACAAAUACUUUUACAAAUGACUUAUAUGGUACAUCAGUAUUGAUUAAAUAAGUAAUUAACGUUACACCAAAGACAUUAGGCUAACGUUACUCUGAUUUAAUGUACUGAAACGUAGUGAACAUAUUCUUUGUCAUCUUUUAUAUUUCAAUCUAUGUGCUAGGCAGAACUAAUAACCAUAUCGCGCUAUGCUUUCAUUAAAAACAUAACUUACAGGCUAAUAGAUGUUUUAAAGCAAGCUAUCCUAGACUAACAAGUAAUGUUAGGUGAUUGUAAUGCCUUUUAGGCUAACGUUAGAUAUACAGUCACAAUAUGUGUAGAUUACAUUGAUAUCCAAUUCAAAACAUCUGAAUAUUUUAAUACAUUAAAUGUAGGUCACAAUUUGAUUCACAUUCCGACUGUAAUCCACCGUGUCCAAGACCACUUUGUUUUAGGUGGCAGUGUCGCGAAAACAUAGGGUCCUAAUACUGUGGGGUUCUAAAACCGCAGUCACCGAGGCUGCAGCUUUACCCUUCUCGGUUAUCAGGGACAAACACUGCCAUAUAGCUACUACAUAUGUUUAAAAUCAAAUCUGACUACAACCUGCAAUUUCUGAACUCAAAAUAAACGGCACAUACAAAAUAUGGAUUUACU